AAACAUGACAAGGCCCUCUCCACAAAGCUCUGGUUUCAGAAAACUGGGCACUGUCGGUGCUGCCAGCAAGGAAACAGGCUCACUAAAAGGAACCAGAACUUCUCUUCAUAGUACACUCCAACAAACUAGCACUGGUAUCCAAUCUUUAGACCUCCUUCUUGGUAAUGGCAUCAACCUCUCCUCCUCGCUUCUUAUUCAGGAGCAGGACAGGGGUGAGUACAGCCCAGUGUUUGCCAGACAUUUUAUAUCAGAAGGGAUAACACAUGGCCACACUGUGGUCUGUAUUGGGGAGAGAGUGGCCUCCUGGCUGGACAACCUUCCCAAACCUAUCGAACAGAACACAGAUGCUCAAACACAAGAUGAAGACAGUCUAAAGAUAGCCUGGAGAUAUAAGCGUAAGAUUCAAACCCGAUUCAGUCACAGCUACGACAUGUCCCAGCAGCGACCUUCUGAAGAUAUCAGCAACUGCAGAAUUUUCACUAACAGUGAUCCAUCGUACGACGACUUGUAUAUUUUUAUCGAGAGUGCUGUUCAUGAUAAUGAGGAUAAUGUUGUAAGGAUAGUUUUAGAUAGACCCAUGUUUCCUGUUGCGGAUGAAGCAGCAUUUUUACGAUUCCAUUACAAUCUGAGGAAGUUAUCUGCCAAGAAAAAUGUCGUGACAUUGUGUUUAUACCCGGUCAGGACAAUGUCAGAUUCUUUAUCAUUUUACCUCACUCAACUUUACAACUACGUCCUAAGUGUCGAAUCUCUUCCGAGGGACAAAAAAUCAAUUUUCAAAGAUUACCAUGGUAUUUUGCACCUGGUGAAAGUAGCCAACAUGUGUACCUUUACAAUGCCUCUCCACGAUAUGACGGACAGGUUCUUCAAGGUACAGAGGAAGAAGUUUAUCAUUGAGAAGAUGCAUCUUCCUCCUGACUUGAGUGAGACUGUCAGUAGGUCUUCUAACUCGCCAUCCGCUAAUUGUGCUUCUUCAAAGGGCAUCGAUUUUUAGUUUUAUUUAUUUUUAGAAUGUUUGUAUCUUUCAAAGGUUUAUUUUUAGAAGUAUUAAAGCCUUUUAAAAUGCACUAUAUCAAAGUCUGAUAGGUUUUUAAUGGAUUGUAUGAGGCUAGGUUAUUUAGGGUUAUUUAUUAUUUUUAAUGUAUUUGAUCUUUUCAUGAUUUCAUUCGGAUGUUCUUACAA